UGGUCUGCACAGCAAGGACUUUUUUCUCUCUUUCAAAAUGUCUUUCUGGUCAUAUCAUGACCUCACCUCUGGAGGCAGUGAGCCCUUGGAGGACCUACUGUGGCCCUGAAUGCAGGUCCUCGGUGGCCGCGGCGAACCAGGCGGCGGCGGCCGGAGCGCAGUCCCGGGGCCCCGCACGGCUGCCCCCGGCGACAGCGACAGCGGCGAGGGGCACGCGGCGCGCUCGCCAGCGGGCGCCGACGGGGACCCGGCGAGCGCAGAGCCCGGAGCGCGCCUCCCGGGAGCCGCGGGUGGGCGCCCAGCCCCGGGGCGCCGAGACCUCGGCCGAGUGAACGGAAAACGCUCUUCGAUUGACUGGGCCCCGCCGGGCGGGCGCGUGUGCCCGGGGGAGCGCGUGCGGAAGGCAGAAGGGCAGGAAGUCGGUCUUCUGCAACGAGGGUGGCGCGACCGCGCGGGGACCGAGCCUUCCUUAUUUAUGUGUCUGCCAGCGCUCGCCUGCUUCCUCCGAAGACUUCAGGGAGAGUCUCCGAGCUGCCGUCCCCGCGUGUGAGGCCCGGAAGGGCUGGAAGUCAGAACA